GCCCUCGUCCUUCUCACAGAGCAAUUUUGCAUGAGAGUAUUGGGCGAACAGCUGAUAAAAGAUUGGAUUAAAUAAUGGACCUAAUCCAAUUAAUUUAAGAUUUUAUUUUUUGAACCGGUUAGAAAAUCAGAAUUUAGACUUUUUCUUAGAUUCUUUUUUUUAAAAUUAGCUGCUGCAGUGCGGGUCGAAAACCCGCAAUUUCUGUUUAUCGUUUGAGUAAGAAAGAGAUCGACUGUAAACCGUCGUUAAUUCACGAGACCACGUGAGCUUGCUGUUUGGCUUUAAUCAAAAUUGCGGUAGUGUUUACGUCUCGUAUUACAGCACUUCCUUUUCAAAAUGGCAGAGGCCCACUCUGCUGUUGCAUUCAGUUUCACCAUCACGCAUGAAGGUGUAAACAUCAACUAUGAUCAUGACAUAUUUUAUGCAGUGUGGCAAAGUGGCUUACGAUCUUGGAGGAGAAGACUGAACAAAUUUUGGAACAAUGUUUGGACAGGUGCUUAUCCAGCCUCACCAUAUAGCCUUCUAAUAAUUGCUACAAUCAUAACCUUUCUAACUUGGAAAGAACGUGAUGUUUCACAUGGACUCGUAAACUUCCUUGAAUCCCACUUUAUUGACAAUCCUCUGUUCUCAACAUUUAGUAUAGCAACUUUCUAUAUUUGCUACACUAUUGCUUUGUGGCUUAUAUUUGUGAAUAUUGUGAGAUACUUUGUGAAAAUAUUAUUUAUGUAUAAAGGAUGGAUGUAUCAAACUCGAGCUGGAAAAAUGUCUUGGAAAACAAAAUGCUGGCUUGCAAUUGUCUCAAUUAUUGCAAAAAGGAAGCCCCAGUUGUACAGUUUUCAAGGAUCCCUUCCAAAUUUGCCUGUUCCUGCUUUAGAUAAAACCAUGAAACGAUAUUUGGAAACGGUUAAACCUCUCCUUGAUGAAGAAAAGUUUAAAAGAAUGGAAGUGCUAGCUCAAGAAUUUGGAUCUGGAAUUGGAAAAAAAUUGCAACGUUACUUAGUAUUGAAAUCUUGGUGGGCUACUAAUUAUGUUUCUGAUUGGUGGGAAGAAUUCAUUUAUUUGCGUGGACGUGGACCAUUGAUGAUUAAUAGCAAUUUUUAUGGAAUCGAUGCAAUUUUAGUACAUCCUUCAAAAGUGCAGGCUGCUCGAGCUGCUUGCUUUAUACAUUCUGCUUUCCUAUUCAGAAGGUCUAUUGAUCGACAGACAUUAAAACCAAUUAUGGUUCAAAAUUUAGUACCUUUAUGUUCAGCACAGUAUGAACGUAUGUUUAAUACAACCCGUGUUCCUGGAAAAGAAACAGAUAAAUUAGUACAUUUGGAUGAUAGCCAACAUGUAGCAGUUUAUCACGCUGGUCGAUUUUUUAAAGUCCCUAUGUAUUAUAUGGGCAGACUUUUAAAUCCUGCUGAAAUUCAGAGACAAAUAGAAAAGAUUUUAAAUGAUGAAUCUCCACCUCAACCAGGAGAAGAGCAUUUAGGAGCUUUAACUGCAGUAGAAAGGAAUGUGUGGGCUGAGGCAAGAGAAAAGUAUUUUGCUAAAGGUCUUAAUAAAGCUUCUCUAAGUACCAUUGAAAAGGCUGCAUUUUUUGUUUCUCUUGAUGAGGAAUCUUAUGAUUUUGAUGCUAAAGAUCGUAGCAAACUUGAUGAAUUUGGUCGUGCCAUGUUGCAUGGUAAGGGGUAUGACCGUUGGUUUGACAAGUCCUUCAAUUUCAUUAUUGCUAAAAAUGGAAGAGUGGGUCUAAAUGCUGAACACUCAUGGGCUGAUGCACCAAUUAUGGGGCAUUUGUGGGAAUUCUGCCUUUGCCAAGAGUUUAAUUCCAAUCCAUAUACUGAAGAAGGCAAUUGCAUUGGUGAAAUAAAGAAUAAUAUAUUCCCCCCAAGCCGACUGAAGUGGGACUUUUCUUCCGAAAUAGUUGAACUGAUUGACAAUUGUAGAGAAUCAGCGCAACGAGCCAUUAAUGAUGUUGAUCUUAGGUUGUUAAUGCAUGAUGCAUAUGGUAAAGGUUUUAUGAAGAAGUGCCGAGUCAGUCCAGAUGCUUACAUCCAGAUGGCUCUUCAGCUUGCUUAUUAUAGGGAUUCCCGGAAGUUUAGUUUAACGUAUGAAGCAUCCAUGACACGUCUCUUUCGAGAAGGUCGAACAGAGACAGUUCGACCAGUUACUAUGGAAUCAUGUGAAUUUGUUAAGUCAAUGCUGGAUUCUAAAGCAACUAAUGAAAAGCGAAUUGAGCUUCUCCGUAAGGCUUGUGACAGGCAUCAGAGAGGUUACCAAAAUGCCAUGUGUGGCAAGGGCAUUGAUCGUCAUCUGUUCUGCCUCUAUGUUGUUGCUAAGUACCUCAAUGUAGAAUCACCAUUCUUAAAUGAGGUUCUGAGCGAACCAUGGAGACUGUCUACAAGUCAAACCCCACAUGGACAGACUGAUAUGAUGAAUUUGAAGAAAAAUCCUCAUCAUAUAUCUGCGGGAGGUGGCUUUGGACCUGUUGCUGAUGAUGGUUAUGGAGUUUCAUAUAUCAUUGCUGGUGAAGACAUUGUUUUCUUUCAUAUUUCUAGCAAGAUUUCAUCUCCAGAAACAGAUUCGGAAAGGUUCCGAAGAAAUAUUGCAGAAGCAUUAGCAGACAUGAGAAACAUAUUUGAACAAACGUCCAAAUGAAUACUGUCUGCUUAUUGCUUUUAAGAUUUUUGCCUGUACAUUGGCAUUUCUGUUUUUUACCAUUGUGUGCCUGGUAGAAUUAAUGAAGACUGCAGAGUGAUUAUAUUUGGAAGAAAACAGUAACAUUUGAAGACUGGUUUUAUGAUUGGUUGCUUUAUGGUUUGCACUAUGACAUAGGAAUGUGAUGUUGUUCUUCCAUGCAUUGUUUUCCCCAGGUUUUAAACCAUUUGUUGAACAAAAGUCAAAUAAUUUAUUAUUCAAAUUAAAUCGAAAUAACUGUGAUCUUUUAUGAAAAAUUUGAAGAUUGUGAUUAUGAAUACUAGUCACAGAAAAAUUAUGAUAAUGAGCCAUUAAUUUCUGCAAUUUGAUCCUCUCUCAUGUGAAACUAAAGCAGUAAUUUAUUAUAGUGAUUAACCCUUUAUUUAUCAUUGGUGCUUAAAAAUGCAAUUAAAAUAAGACUAUAAUAUGAUUGUUUUCUCUACCAUUUUUAAAGAACAUAGCUUCAAUAGUAAACAGAAGAUAUCAUCUGAAAGAAGAAAUUAAAAAAUUUCCACUAUUAAUAAAAUAAUUAAGAUAUUUUAAUUUACUCAAUAUGUUUUCACUUCCCUGGGCUUAUUUUGUGCCAAAAUUGACAGCAAAAUAAUUUGGUAAAUUAAGGGUUAAAUUUUAAUAUUUAGUUCACACGUAUAUAAAUUUGAAGUAAUGAACUCGAAUGUUAUCUUAAUAAGUUUACUUUUAUGUUAUGUGAUAAGCAUUAGUUAUUUUUAUAACACUAUUCAAGAUAAGUUUUUGAAGUAUUUCACAUUAAGAAUAACUACAUGGUAUUUAAUUUUUCAGGGUAGCGAAAGAUAAAUGAUUUAUUUUUUUGUUAAUAAAUUAUUUAUGUGAAAAAACAAUGGCUUUUAUUGUUCUGACAUUAUUUUGUUUCACUACUCCAAAUAGUUUGCUUUCUUAACUUAUAUUUAUGUUUUUUUUUAUUCUCAAAAAUAAUGGAACACAUUUAUUAUUUUUGCUCAUAAUGAUUUAAUGUUACAUUUUGUAAAUUCAUUUUUCCAUUUAUGUCUUUGUUUUCAUCCAGUUCCAAUCUUCUGUAAAAAUUUUAGAAAUUUUGAUGGAACCAAGUUAUUUUUAAUGCAGAUUGCACGUUAAAGCAAUAUUUUUUGACUAUUAUGAUUAAAAGAUAUUUUUAUGUGUGUGCCAUGUUAUUGUUUGCUACUGCUCUUACUUUAUGAUGAUAUAUAUUUUAUGAAUACAUCAUUUUACUGUAAUUUUUUUAAUAUCGUAGGAUUUUUAAUUAAAAACAAUUAACAUAUAACAUUUAAUUAAUUAAUUAAAGCUUCUUUUAUAUAAAUUCCUUAUUAUAGUUAAAGAAACCCAAAUUUAAAAAUAGUUAUCUGCUCAUACAUUUAAAAUGCUUAACAGUCGGCUGUUUUUACAGUGUUAUUUAAAAUAAAACAAGUCAUUCAAUAGAGUUAGUUGGUGCUAGUAGUUUUUCAGCUUACAUUUGCAAACUAUAUAUGUACAAUACAUUUGGAAAUUUCUUUGAUCACUAAAUAUUUGCAAUUUAGUAUUUUAACAAGUAAUGGUAGUUUUUAUAUUUUGUGCUGUUAUUUCUUAUUGAAAAAUAUAUAUCUGUUAAAAAAAAACGUUCAUGCCAUAUUUAGUAUAAUAAUAAUUCUAGGAACUAAUAUAUAUAUAUAU